UUGUUGUUGCUGUUGUUGUUGUUUAGUCGCUUAGUCGUGUCCGACUCUUCGUGACCCCCUGGACCAGAGCAUGCCAGGCACUUCUGUCUUCCACUGCCUCCCGCAGUUCGGUCAAACUCAUGCUGGUAGCUUCGAGAACACUGUCCCACCAUCUCGUCCUCUGUCGUCCCCUUCUCCUUGUGCCCUCCAUCUUUCCCAACAUCAGGGUCUUUUCCAGGGAGUCUUCUCUUCUCAUGAGGUGGCCAGAGUCUUGGAGCCUCAGCUUCAGGAUCUGUCCUUCCAGUGAGCACUCAGGGCAGAUUUCCUUCAGAAUGGAUAGAUUUGAUCUUCUUGCAGUCCAUGGGACUCUCAAGAGUCUCCUCCAGCACCAGAAUUCAAAAGCAUCAAUUCUUUGGCGAUCAGCCUUCUUUAUGGUCCAGCUCUCACUUCCAUACAUCACUACUGGGAAAACCAUAGCUUUAAAUAUACGGACCUUUGUUGGCAAGGUGAGGUCUCUGCUUUUUAAGAUGCUGUCUAGGUUUCUCAUUGCUUUUCUCCCAAGACCCUAAGUUGCUACUGGACUCUUUUUUACUUCAACUGUGUCAGACAAAUAUGGCUACCUACUAUUAAGUACAGUUAUCUCCUUGCCUUGAAUAUCCUGCCUUUCAGUGCCAGAUUAGGAUAGUCCUCUGUCAGAAGACAAGCAGAGGAUCAGGCAGCACAUCAUCAUUAUAAAGAACCAUUGGGGUGGGUGUUUCCAUCUGGGAUUCCCAUUUGCCAUCUGCUUUCCUUCUGCUUCUCCUGCUCUUCAUGCAAUGUGAGGCAUGUAGACAGAGGUCCAUCUCCGAGAACAGGAGCGUCCCUAAGCACCCAUUCAGCUGACCCCAAGCACCGAGCCUUGUCACUAGUUCUCUGACUGACCCAGACCACAGUCCCCAGAAAAGAUGUAGACCUGGGUCUCCCAAAAUGGUCCAUAUGGACCUCCUGAGGUCAGUGGGACUGUGCAGGUGAUUCAUGAAGAUCUAGAGGUGGAAAUGGGGCCAACCACUUGAUUUGAAAUGCAGUCCCACAGGACAACAGUAUUCCAAGAUCAUGCUGUGUUAUUAAAGAUGAUUGAGGAUUAUGAAAGGUUGCUGAUGCAUUACUAUCAUUAGACAUCAUACCAUUUUCAUUUUCUAAAAAUUGGGAACAUGGGUAGGACAUGGGAGAAUGUAGGAGAUGUUGAAAUAAGAGAAGGUGCUAAUGGAGGUUGAUGUGUCCUUUUUUUUCUGUGUUCUCUUUCUUAAAACCCAAACAGGAUUUCCUUUCUGCCCACUCUGAAAAAGGUGAUGGAGAAGACAGAACGGCAGAGGACAGGGCACCUUUCAUUUCAUUAGGAAUAGCCAUUAAAAUGUGUGAAAUGUGGAAUAUGCUUCACUGAAUGAGCACACAUAGUUCACAUCAACGAACACAAAAAGGAAAGAAUACAUUUAAAGGUAUGGAGUGUGGAAAGAGCUUCUCUUUCAAUGCAAAACUUAGAACACACCAGCGGACUCACACAGAGAGAAAGCGUUUUACGUGCAGGGAGUGUGGGAAGAACUUCAGUCAGAGUGGAAACCUUAAAUUGCACAAACGGACUCACACAGGGGAGAAACCAUUUAAAUGUAUGGAGUGUGGAAAGAGCUUCAGUUACGAUGCAAGCUUUAGAUUACAUCAACGGACUCACACAGGGGAGAAACCAUUUAAAUGUAUGGAGUGUGGAAAGAGCUUCAAUCAGAGUGGAGACCUUAGACAACAUCAACGGACUCACACAGGGGAGAAACCAUUUAAAUGCAUGGAGUGUGGAAAGAGAUUCAGUCAGAGUGGAAACCUUAGACAACAUCAACGGACUCACACAGGGGAGAAACCAUUUAAAUGCAUGGAGUGUGGAAAGAGAUUCAGUCAGAGUGGAAACCUUAGACAACAUCAAUGGACUCACACAGGGGAGAAACCAUUUAAAUGUGUGCAGUGUGGGAAGUGCUUCAGUUUCAGUGCAAGCCUUAGAUCACAUCAACGGAAUCACACAGGAGAGAAACCAUUUAAAUGCAUGGAGUGUGGAAAGAGCUUUAGUGAUAGUGGAAGCCUUAGAAAACAUGAACGGACUCACACAGGGGAGAAACCAUUUAAAUGCAUGGAGUGUGGAAAGAGCUUUAGUGAUAGUGGAAGCCUUAGACAACAUCAACGGACUCACACAGGGGAGAAACCAUUUAAAUGCAUGGAGUGUGGAAAGAGCUUUAGUGAUAGUGGAAGCCUUAGAAAACAUGAACGGACUCACACAGGGGAGAAACCCUUUCAAUGUAUGGAGUGUGAAAAGAGUUUUAGUGAUAAUGGAAAACUUAGAAGACAUCAACGGACUCACACAGGGGAGAAAGCAUUUGAAUGCAUGGAGUGCGGAAAAGUCUUCAGUCGGAGUGGACACCUCAAAAGACAUCAACGGACACACACAGGGAAGAAAGCAUUUGAAUGCAUGGAGUGCGGAAAAGUCUUCAGUCAGAGUGGAAACCUCAAAAUACACCAACGGACUCACACAGGGGAGAAACCAUUUAAAUGUAUGGAGUGUGGAAAGGGCUUUAGUGAUAAUGGAAGCCUUAGGAAACAUCAACGGACUCACACAGGGGAGAAACCAUUUAAAUGCAUGGAGUGUGGAAAGAGCUUCAAUCAGAGUGGAGACCUUAGAUCACAUCAACGGACUCACACAGGGGAGAAACCAUUUAAAUGUAUGGAGUGUGGCAAGGACUUCAGUCGGAGUACACACCUUAGACAACAUCACCGGACUCACACAGGGGAGAAACCAUAUAAAUGUAUCAAGUGUGGAAAGAGCUUUAGUAAUAGUGGAAGCCUGAGAAGACAUCAACGGACUCACACAGGGGAGAAACCUUUUUAAAUGUAUGAAGUGUGGAAAGAGCUUCAGUUAUAGUGGAAACCUGAGAAGACAUCAACAUGCUCACAUCGGUAAGAAACAAUUUAAAUGUAUGGAGUGCGGAAAGAGCUUUAGUGAUAAUGGAAAACUUAGAACACAUCAACGGACUCACACAGGAGAGAAACCAUUUAAAGGUAUGGACUGUAAAAGGAGCUUCAGUCAGAGUGGAACCCUUGAUUUAUGUCAACAAACUCACACAAAAGACAUACCAUAUAAAUAUCAGGAAAGUAGAUACAGGUUCACUCUUAGUGGAAGUUCAAAAUCAACAGACUUAUGGACAGGAAGAACUUUAACAGUUGAAACCCUUCAAACCAUCACAAACUCAAAGAGGAGAAGCGGUUUAUAUGAAAAGACUGCAAAAAGUGCUUUAUUUAUAUUGGAGUAUUUAAGGAACAUCUAGGGACUCUCACAUGGGAGAACCCAUUUAGAUGUAUGGAGUGUGGGACGUCUUCCUCUCAGAGUCCACUCUGAGCAAUGAACUCAGCAGGAAAUCAUUCCUAAAAGCAUGAGGUAUAUGUGAAGUUCUGGUGUUUAUAUGUAAAACUGCAUAAUAAUGAAAUAAUGAAGGUAGCAUCUCACAAUAGUGAGUAUAAUUUUAGAUGAAAGUACCUUUGAUUUUUGCACCAAACUCUGUCGCCACCGCAUGAUAUCCCAGCACUGCUUCUUCACCAGAACUGCCUCCUGCCCUGCGUGUUCUGAAGAAAACUUGAAAUACUGAAAUUGAAUGGGGGAUUCCCCCCCCAGCCUAAUUUCAAGAGGGGGAAGGGGGGGCUGCAGGUAUCAGAGAAGUCUCCUGGGGGGCCCAUCUUCACUCAUGAACCCCAUGGGGCAACCCCAGAGCUCCUGCUCAUUCUGGGGUUUGGGGAAGAUAUUAUUUUUCCAUAGUCCCAGAAGUUUUGCUUCAAACAUGCUACUCUGGAGUUUUCCUACCAGAGGACCACAGUGCUGUGGUUGCUGUUGUUGUCAUGGACUGGCUGGUGAGGGGGGGGGGAGGCACAAGCUGGGGACCCACAAGGGAAGAAGGCUCAGAUCCUGGGGACUGGUGGUGGGAUGAGCAGAAAGAGGGAGAAAAGGGAGCAGACCAGAAGGGGAGGUGUUGCAAGCUGAGGAGGAAACAGGAUUUGAUGAGCGGGAAGAGUCUGGGGCAGAGAGCAGUUCGGGCUCAGAGGGAGGAGCGGAGGGGGCCAGGAGACCCAUAGGAGGCCGGCUGCUGAAGCAUCCAGGGAGACUCCCCCUCCUGCUGCGACCAGCACAUGCCUUUGAGUCUGGCAGUUAGAACUCUUAGAAUGUGGGGAUCCCAUUUUUCAACCAAAGCAAAAACCCGCUAGCCUUUUCCCAGGUCUUUCCUGACUUGACAGUCGUUCGUCUUUUCUACGAAGGACUCUACAAAGUCCUUCUCCCUCCCUUUGCUUACCAUGGGGUCCCAGCAACCUUUUCUGCCUCUUACACGCUAGGGAAAAGAGUCCCUUUCCAUUGGACGCCUGGCAGCCCAGUGCCAAAUCCGGCUGCCUCAGAGAGAACGGAAAGGAGCUGUAAGCGCCCUUGCUUCACAAUGGAAGAAAAAAAAGAACUUCAAGAAAAAACAGGCCUGGAAAUUAAAAAUAAGGUUAAAUACCUAGGGAUCUGGAUUUCAAGUAAAAGUUUAAAUUUAUAUGAGGAUAAUUCUAGUAAAGUAUGGAAAGAAAUUUUUUAAAAAAUAUAUGGAAACCUGGACCAAACUCCAUCUCUCACUCUGGGGAAGAGUCUCGCUUGUGAAAAUGAAUAUCCUCCCCAAAAUGAUUUUCUUAUUCCAAACAAUGCCCAUUUUAGGAGGAAUGAAUUGUUUUAAGGAGUGGAAAAGGGAAAUUUCUAGAUUUAUAUGGAGUGGAAAGAAACCGAGAAUUAAACACCAGUUAUUAACAGAUCAAAAGGAGAGAGGAGGUUUUGCAUUGCCAGAUUUGGAAUUCUACCAUGUGGCGGCAGGAUUAGUUUGGAUAAAAGACUGGAUUACACUAAAAGAUACGGACCUAUUAGACUUGGAAGGCCACGAGAAUCGGUCUGGAUGGCACGCUUCUUUAAUAUACGGAAAAGUGAAGGUCCACAGGGGAUUUUUGAGCCAUGUGAUAAGGAAAUCAUUAUAUAAAAUCUGGAGUAAAUAUAAAGGAAUACUUGAGCCAAAAAUACCCUUGUGGACAUCACCAAGAGAAGCCAUAUACUCAUGUUAGAAUAUUUACAACUAGCAAAACUGAUGGGAAGAGUUAGAGGAGUAUUGAACCGGAAAAUACUUGGAAAAGGGAGAAUAUUUAAGGAUUAUAUAAGAUCAUAUUGUACCAACCACACCAUAUUAGCAGAACUUGAGUGAUACUUGUAAACACAACAAAUACUGUUUGUGGAGUAGACGGGAACAACAUUAAAGAAUAUAAAAGUUUUGGGGGAGAAACAACAACGGCAGUAUAAACAGUACAAUGAGAAUGAUUGGAAGACUUGUUUUGUCAGAAGUCUUUUUUAUUUAAUUAGGAAGAUUAAGUUUUUUUAUGCAUAUAAAUCUGCUUUUUCUUCUUUCUUUUUCUGUAUUUUCUUUCCUUUUAUCUUAAUUGUUUUUUCUUUAAUUUUCUUUUUGCAGUAUGAGAUUGUAAAUUCUUUGUAUAUGUGUGUAAUUUAAAUCAAUAAAGAUUAUAUUU